UCUCUGCAUACACACACAAGUCCGCUCUGACGCUCUCUCUCUUUUCCUCACUCCCUCCCUCUCUGAAAAACACACACACUCAUGCUCUGCUCAGCUCUAAAGGAGCGGUAGCUUAUAAACUGGCUGCAGUAAGCAGUCAUUCUCUCAGUGAAGGGAGAGAAGGGAGGGAAAGAGAAAUUGCUUUGACUGAUCGGACCAGAACUCUGCUGACCUAACUGGACUGGGUCAUUCUGGGAUGUGUUUUUUCCUUUUUUGUUUUUUGUUUUUUUUUCUUUACUGUGUUUCUAAUGAAUUUUGCCAGGCAGGUCCGGGCUCGAAUAGACUGAAUUAGCAAAGUUCUAUUCUUUCUGGGCUUUAUGUUGUCGGAUUGGGAGGAAUUCUCCUGCAGGUCUGGAGGAUAAAGAGCUGGACAUGGAAUUCCCUGCUUUUUUGCAUCCCACCCUCUCUCUCAAUUUUUUUUCAUCCUGCCUUCAUCUUCUUUCUUACACUUCCACUGCAGACAUCCAGUGUUGAGCAGACAAAGGCAGCUGGCUUUUGUGUUUCUUUUUUGUUCAUGGGGAAUAAGGGAGAAAAGGGAGCUCCCCUUCUCUUUUAAUUAAUUUGCCUUCGGAAAAAAAGGAGAUGCUUGUUUGAGAAAAUACCAGCAGAUUUUUUCCUCCCACUUUAUCAGAGAGAGUGCUUUUGGAUUGUUGCUGUUUUUAUCAUUUAAGCUGACACUUUCUUAGAAAACGCACACCUCUACUGCAUUUGUUUUUUAUUUUUGCCAUUUUUCUUUACGCCCUACAUCCCAUCUGCAUUUCUGCUGGUGGAGGUUGUGGUGGUGAAGCCGGGGUAGGCAUGGCGCAGCAGGGAGGCACAGGGGUGGCCCACCAGGACACCUUGGCAGUGCCGCCCAUGCCCAAACACUCCGGCUUGAAUGAAGACCUGGUGAAGAUCCUGCGGGAGAACCUACUGCAGCCGGAGAGGCCGCGGGGACACCGGCGGUCGCCGUCCUCCAUCUCCCCACGCCUUUCUCCACGCAACUCGCCACGACUGCUCCGCCGCAUGUUGCUCAACAACAACAUUCACAAGCAGAGGCGCUUCACUGUUGCACAUACAUGCUUUGAUGUGGACAAUGGCACGUCGUCAGGUCGAAGCCCCCUGGACCCGAUGGCCAGCCCGGGCUCAGGCCUCAUCCUGCAGGCCAACUUUGUCCACAGCCAGCGGAGAGAGUCGUUCCUCUACCGCUCGGACAGCGACUACGACCUCUCGCCCAAGUCCAUGUCCCGAAACUCCUCCAUUGCCAGUGACAUUCAUGGUGACGAUAUGAUUGUAACGCCAUUUGCACAGGUUCUUGCAAGCUUGAGAACUGUACGGAACAACUUUGGUGCAUUAACCAAUCUACAGCAAGACCGAGCAUCUAAUAAGAGAUCACCCAUGUGCAACCCACCCCCUAUCACCAAGACCACCUUUACAGAGGAGGCCUACCAGAAACUGGCCACCGAGACCCUGGAGGAGCUGGACUGGUGCCUGGACCAGCUGGAGACGCUGCAGACAAGACACUCGGUCAGCGAGAUGGCCUCAAACAAGUUUAAGAGGAUGUUGAAUCGGGAGCUGACUCACCUAUCAGAGAUGAGCCGAUCUGGGAACCAAGUGUCUGAAUUCAUCUCCAGCACAUUUCUCGACAAACAACAUGAGGUGGAGAUGCCGUCCCCGCAGACACAGAAAGAGAAGGAGAAGAAGAACAAGCCCAUGUCUCAGAUCAGCGGAGUGAAAAAGCUGCAACACUCUUCCAGCCUCACAAACUCAAACAUCCCUCGCUUCGGCGUCAAGACGGAGACUGAGGAUGAGCUGGCAAAGGAGCUGGAACAUGUGAACAAAUGGGGCCUUAAUGUUUUUAAAAUCUCAGAAUUCUCUGGGAAUCGGCCACUGACAGUCAUGAUGUACACAAUAUUUCAGGAGAGAGACUUGUUAAAAACGUUCAAAAUCCCACUCGACACCUUCAUAACAUACCUGAUGACCUUAGAAGACCAUUAUCAUGCCGAUGUGGCCUACCAUAACAACAUCCAUGCUGCUGACGUCACCCAGUCAACUCACGUGCUGCUAUCCACCCCUGCCCUUGAGGCUGUGUUCACAGACCUUGAGAUCCUCGCUGCCAUCUUCGCCAGUGCAAUUCAUGAUGUGGACCAUCCCGGAGUCUCAAACCAGUUCCUCAUCAACACCAAUUCAGAGCUAGCCUUGAUGUACAAUGACUCAUCAGUGUUGGAGAACCACCACUUAGCAGUUGGUUUCAAGCUACUGCAAGAGGAGAACUGUGACAUCUUCCAAAACUUGACCAAAAAACAGCGACAAUCACUGCGAAAGAUGGUCAUUGACAUCGUGUUAGCAACAGACAUGUCCAAACACAUGAAUCUGCUGGCUGACCUGAAGACGAUGGUGGAAACAAAGAAAGUGACCAGCUCCGGUGUGUUGCUGCUGGACAACUACUCUGACAGGAUACAGGUUCUCCAGAACAUGGUCCACUGUGCUGACCUAAGCAACCCCACCAAGCCUCUUCAGCUGUACCGACAGUGGACGGACCGCAUCAUGGAGGAGUUCUUCAGCCAAGGGGACAGAGAAAGAGAGAGGGGGAUGGAGAUCAGCCCCAUGUGUGACAAACACAACGCCUCUGUAGAAAAGAGCCAGGUUGGGUUCAUAGACUAUAUCGUCCACCCCCUGUGGGAGACGUGGGCUGACCUUGUCCAUCCGGACGCACAAGACAUCUUGGACACAUUGGAGGACAAUAGAGAGUGGUACCAAAGCACUAUCCCCCAAAGUCCAUCUCCAGCUUUAGAUGAGCCAGAGGACAGCACUCGACCCCCAGGAGCAGACAAGUUCCAGUUUGAGCUGACCUUGGAGGAGGACGGGGAGUCCGACACUGAAAAGGACAGUGGCAGCCAGCCGGAGGAGGAGGAGGAAGAGGAAGAAGAGGAAAACAGCUGUACUGACUCUAAAACACUCUGUACGCAGGACUCCGAAUCAACAGAGAUACCUUUGGACGAACAGGUGGGGGAGGACGACGACGAUGACGAUGAGGAGGGGGGUGCAGAAGAGGAGGGGGAGACCCCCUGCUCAGAGCCGUGUGCUGCAGAUGAAGAGGUGGCAGAGGACGAAGAGGAGAAGAAAUCCCCUGACACAUAGCAGUUAUGGACAGCCUUUGAUUAACUGCUCCUCUUAGUAAUGACAGAUUAUUAUUUAUAGAAUAUUUUUUGAGUUUUGUGAAAUCUGUUUUUUAUACGUCUGUGUUUCCAAAGCGUGCGCUGCUCCUCACCCUGGGUUACUCCUCUCGUCUCCUUUAUUUAGACACGCCCAUUGGUACUACUUCAAGUUUUUUUGCACUCAGGAAGAACUCUCUUUCAUUCCCAUUCGUACUGAAGUGGUGUGUCUUUAUUUCCACCUCCUCCUUACAUUCUUUAGUUGUACAUGCGGACGGUCUCCUCAGUGCUGCUCAUACAUCACAUUUGUUGUUUGUUUUUUUUUUUUUGGUUUUUUGCUUCUGUCUCAGCCUCACCAGAAAGUUCACCUGUGUCUUUAUGUUUUAUGAAGUGCCAAUAACUUCAUAGGGUCAGUUAUUGGAGAGAGUCUCCCUUUUAUUUUUAUAUAUCUCCUUGAUCAUGUUCCUCCCCUUCCACAAUAAAUUAUAAAGAAUGCUUUUGCUCAAAACCCGACAGGUCGGUGCAGCACAUUUGGGAUGCUGUUUUUAAACUACAUUUGCAAUGUGGAAGUCUUCCUCCAUAACCUGACUGACAAAAACUCAAAUCUGAACCACCAUGAUGUAGUCCUAACCCUCUAGUUUUUUUUUUUUUUUUUUGUAUUGUAUGUAAGAUUCAGAUAUUUUCCAUUUCUAGAGUUUAAUUUUGCUGUCAAAAUUAAACAGGAGAAGUUGAGGAACCUUGUAGAAACGUAGAGGGAGACAUGUGUCAGAUGUAAAGCUUUUGGAAGCUGUUCAAAAGAGCUCCAAAAGCAUUUAUACUCCUGUACCACUAUACUUGUAUUCAAUUAGCUCUGUGUCUUAAAAUCUGUAUUUUCUUUUUGGUAACUGUUAUUUUUAGAGAAAAUCUUCUCUGAGAAGGAAGCAGAAUCCUGAGGUCUUGUGCUUCGCUUCUCAUGGGAGUCGUUUAUAACCUGGAGUAAGCCCUUAAAUGUUUUUAUUGUUGCCUAUAGUUCUUUUGAACACAUCCUGAGACAAUGCAAUGCUUUGUAGUUAUUACAAAAAGCACCUUUUUUAGAGGUUUGACUAGUGCUCCAAAUGUUUAGAAAUAGUAAUGGUGUCGAAAAUGACUGGGGUGAUUUUAUAACAAAGUAAAGAGAAAUUAGUUUUAUUUUCUUAGCUGUUUGGCUUGGUUUAUACAUCGGCACCUGCUGCUUAUCUUUAGCCUUCAACGAUUCAUUUCUCAUCAGAUUCCUGCCAUUAAGUCCAGUUUACUGUUUUUGUUUUCAACAAGACAAUCAGCUGCACAGCAUAAAUAUCAGAUAAGACCAUUCUCCACAUUGUUACAGGUGCAUUUCAGUAAAUUAGUGUAUCACUGAAUAGUUCAUUGAUUUCAGCAAUUCACUUCAAAAUGUGAAAUAGUAAUAAGUUUAAUGUAUUUAUUUCAGUUGCUUUUGUUGAUUAUAUUAGGAAAAUUCUAAUUUAGUUUGUUGAAAAAUCUGCAUAUUUAAUUAGAUAAAUAAAAGUAGGAGUACUUUUAUUUACUCCUAUGCCACAAAUGGUCGGUUUUAAAUAAGCUGGUUCACCACAGAGAGCCAGAGAGAACAUUGAUAGAAAAUUCAAGUGGAAAGAAAAACUGCACAAGUGAUGGGAAAACAUUUUUGAGACGCUUGGAUUUGAAUUAACCGUAAAGCAUAUUCAGCUAAAUUGACUGAAAAUUUGAUUUUAUUUAUUGUUUAAUAAAUCAAAUUAUUUUUAAAUCAUUUUCUUAAUAAUAUUCUAAUUUAUUGAGAUUCCCUUGUAUUUAAAUGCACUAAUACAUUUGCAUACCAUCUCUUUAAAUAUUUUUAACCCAUUCAAACACCGACUCCUUGUUGAAUGCAGGCUUAACAUCAUUGUCUCCUCUUUUAUGUUUUUUGUCAUUCUAACUCGAAGCUAUUAUUUAUUGCUAUAUAUUUUUCUAUUUGUUACAGUUGUUUUUGAAAUAUAAAGGUGGUACAGUCGAUACUUCACUGUAGCAUAGAUAACAUAAGCUUGCCAGUUAUUACACCUAAAUUCACUUUUUUUCGUUUCCCCUUGUACAAAAUAAAAUAUUUUGGAAGAUAUUAACUAAUAAUAGAAAAAACAAAAGGUAAAAAAAAACAACAACUUGAAAUACUGCACACUGCUUUUUCAAAGAGGGUCUUGUUUUACUGAUAUGCCAUUUAAGAAAACAAAUUAUUUAACUUUUAUUUUGUGCCAAUAUUUAAUUUUAUUCUUUUCAUCCUCACCGAAUGCCCUUACCUGUAAUAAGAAUUUCUGGUUUAUUGCUGUUUACAAACAUAUAUUUAUUGUGCUGUAUAUAAUAUAUAAUUAUUAAUGUUAUUACUAUCAUAAUGCAGUUUGCUGUAAAUGGUUGAUUCUUAUCAUCCCUUUUGGUGAUGGCGUGGCUGUAUUAUGUACCUCUUGUUGAGAGAAUGUUUAUUAACAUGAGCUUCGGUGUAAAAAAAAAAAAGAUGAAGAAAAGAAUAGAAAACGCUCCAUAAACUUUUUUUGCUCACCUGAGAACUAGCUCAGAAAGGAGAGAGAGAGAAAACGAGUGAGAGAGGAAAGCCAAAUUGUUUUUUUAAAAAGAAGCUGUUCCUUGGCCCAUGGGCUGUGCCUUAAAAUUUAACACAUCAUACACUUUUUAGCCUUUUUAAUUUUUUUAUUCUCUAGUUCUCCUUUGCUGCAUUGGGUGAAUUGCUUGGCUUUGGUUGGCCUGACGACGUGUGGAGAUAAGAUGCCUUUUUUUCAUUAGUCACAAUUAGGGGCAGAGGUUUGUUGAGGCGUUCAGGUUAACCACAAGCCAUACAUUCACCACAUGAGUGAUUGUGGCCUGUAGCUGGAUGUCAAAGACUCUUAUUUUGCUGGUCUGAACGGCUCACACUGUACUUACGCUCUACGUCUGCACUCAAAAGACGAGACUCAAGCUGUCGAAUGACUCUCUGCUGUCAGAUUUCUGAUUGAAUCACAGCUUAAAUUUUUACCAAACACUGAAUGGGGCGUUACAGCAGUGUGUAGUUGGUGCUCGACUACGGCCAUCCGAAGCACAGAGGCUUUGGGACACAUCUGCACGUUCAGCCACUGCUGCAUUAAUUCUGGCUGAAACACUUGACAAUGUGUUGCUCAUCCAUGCUCGGCUCACACUUCCACUCACGUGACCUGCAAUAUCCAGGACCACUGACAUGUUUCUGCCUGGACAGAAGAGGGGUCUGCUAUAUUUCUGUACUGGAGAAAAUGGGUGGGGGGUAGUGGGGACUGCAUCACUGUCCUGAAAGCAGGACUCUUAUUUUGACACACAUACUGUAGAUUUUAAACAGCCCUGGACCAAUGGAAAUUGUGGGUUCUUUUCUCAUUAUGUGUUCUAUUUUUUUAAGGUGUGCUAGGAAAACACAAACUGUAACUUCAGAAAAACAAGAAAUGGUCUUCAGGACAAUUAUUUUCUUGGGUUAUGUCUUUAGAAUGCCAACUUGUCUGGACGUUUCACAGGACAAUUAAAAUGUUAUUUUAACGAAUUCCUUGUUAAUCGCAGUCUAUUGGAUAGCACUGUAGAUCAUACGACUUUAUCUACAAAACAAAAAAGAAUGAAAAAAAGUUUUUAUAUGCAAUGGAAUAAAUAAAAGCAUGGGUUGAUUCUGCCUACUCACUG